GCGACGAUUUGCGGCGCGUCGAAGUCGUCGUGGCCGCCCGGCGGUGCCAAGCCCGGGAGCGUGCGCUUGGCCGAAGCCGGCGCCGGCGCCUCCACACCAUCGAUGCGCGCGGCCGUGCCCUUGUGCGUGUACACGCCGGCCUCGCGCGGUUUUGAUUUCUCGACCUUCUUCUUCCUACGAAAUUGCUUGUCGCCGCCCAGGCGCUGCGCCGCGCGGUCGAUCUCCUUCUCCGCCCACUUGCCCGUCCAGCGGACCAUCUUGUCCUCGAGCUGCGGGUCCCAGGUCUGGUCGCCGGCGGCCAUAGUGCACCGCGGCGGCGGCGCGCAAGGCUGUGCUAGAGUGCAAGCUGUGCAGGCAGCGGCGUCGUGCGAGAGCUGCGUCGUCUCUGCGCAACGUAUGCGUCGCGGCGGCGCACGUAGCGAGCUGUACGCAACAGCGCUGGGAGGGAGCUGGUCCUAUACAGCCGGAAGACGGCCUGAUAGCUCACUUUUUGGCUUCCGUUGGCUGGCGGCCACCACGAAGCAAUCUAAAAAGGAACCGCAGGGCACGUUGCGACGCAGCGCUCGGGUGUACCAGCCCUUUUUGCAGGCUUGCUAG